GCCCCAAUGCAGAGAACUUCAGCAAGAACUUCGGGUCCAACUCAGCAAAAAUUCCUACGUGGCAUUGAUUAAAUGAAGAGAGAGAGCUUUGGAGGAACUUAGCUAGUUCCGGUAACAUAGCGCUGCAUACGAGAAAAAAAUUAAUGCUAAUCGAUCAUGUGUGCGGCGGCCGGACGCAUCGCGAAGCAACCAAGAAAAUCCCCACCCGUGUGACUUUCUCUUCCUCCACGCCUGGGCCUCAUCCUUCUCCCUCCCUGCCGCCUUGGAGCUCCGGCGCCCUGCACUCCGUCUUGCCGGCCGGCGGCGGCUCUGGCAAGCGGCGCAAAGCCACCAGAUUCAUGGCCAAGUCCGGUGCCCGUAAGGACGCCGCGCAAGUCCGGCCAUCGGCCACCUCGCCGCCGCUGCAGCACUCCCCCGGCGCCACAGCAAGCUCGUUCGCCAGCCGCUCUCCACAGCUUCUCUUCUACCCCGGCGCCCCGACAAGAUCCUCGGCCAGCCCCUCGACACCACCACACCUGUACCCGCCUCUCAUGGAAUCCUCCUCAGCCAACCCUACAUGGAGGCCGAUGUAUACCUCUGCACCUGAAGGCCUGCUAAGUUUUGGACAAUUACCGCUCAUGAAUCCUUACAAUUUUCAACCUCAGCCAAUGCACCAUCAUGAACAAGGAUACCAAAAUAUGGAGAAUUUGCACUUUGUUGGUGCUUCCCCACAUGAUCCCUUUUCAACACCACCGCCACCACCGCACUCUAAUGUUUCAUCUCAGUCUGCUCCCACCAAAGUUGAUUCAAAGAAAAAGAAAAGGAAGGUCAAGAGUGUAGAUGCCGACGAAUCGGGAGCAAGGACCGCAUAUCGUCUGCCCUAUACACCCGAGGAACAUGAGAGACUGGCAGGUGCUUGGCUGGAGUGUUCACUCAAUCCCAUUGAUGGGAACGGAAAGAAGUCUGAGCAGUUUUGGGAUGACAUUGCUGCUCUAUACAAUACUGCCACACCAAGUGACCGCAAAAGAGAUCGGAAUCAGCUCAAGACGGAAUGGCAAAGGACCAAGAAAAGGCUCGCCGCUUUCCACGGUGAGUGGAUUGCCGUUAUGGGAGUGUAUCAUAGUGGUCACAAUAGUCAUGACCUGCAAAAAAUGGCGUUGGAGAAGUAUGAACGGAACUAUCACCAGCCUUUCCAACAUUUAACUAUGUGGGAAAAAAUCAAGGAUGAUUCAAAAUGGCUAGCCUCUUAUAAAAACAUGAUGGCAAAAAAAGGAAACAUGACAGAGACCGAUCUCCCAUCAAAUAUGAUCAACUUGGAGGCCGAAGAGCGCCCAAAAGCUGGUCGUGAUAAGGCUAAGGCUGAACGUGCUGGUAAAGGAAAGUCGGGAGGGAUCUCACAAGAGCUUGGAGAAAGGCUAGACAAGUUCAUCGAGGUUAACAAUCAAUCGAAGGAGGAGCGCCAAAAGGUGAUAGACAGCCAGGUUCUUUUAUCAAAUCAACAGCUUGAAACCGCAAAGAUCAACAGCAAGACAAAAAUGUUGGAUGUUUACUCCAAAAUGCUUUUAGCGGACACAUCUAAAAUGGAUGAUGCUGAAAAGGCUCGGCGUGCUAAGGCUUUGAGCAGAAUGGAGGCCAUAUUAUUUCCUGAAGAAGCUUCAGGUGAUUGAAGGGAAAAAGUGGUGCACUAUGAAGCAUAUUAGAAAUUGGCUCGGUCAGUUUGUUGUGUAAACCUGAUGGAUCGUUCAUCACUUUUGUUGUCCGGUCAGUUUAUUGUGUGCACCGAUCAGCUACUCUAAAAUUGAUGUGAACGUGAUGGUUUGCUGUUAGCUUUUGGACUGAUCAGCUACUACUAUUGUCAGUUACCUUUUAUGAAUCAUCGGUGAAGCUACUCUAAUUGAUGGACCGAUCA